AUGCCUUCAUACGUGCCGGCGGAGAGCCCUGUUGAGGCAAGGGAUAACGUGGAGCUUCUGGAGGCCAAGGCCGCCAUAUUGUUAGAGUCCCACGUGAAGGCGUACAACAAGCAGAGUGUCGUGGUGCCUGACCGUUCACUCAACAAGACGGAUGAUGUACGCCAGGAGGAGGAACCCGUGACGGCCACACAAAAAGCAGAACAGCUGCAGGAGAAGGAGCAGGACGACAAGGGAGUGGAGGAGUGCCCGCUUCUUGCCAAGAUCACUCUGUUUUUAUCGUUUGGCUUGCUCGUCCUGUUUUCUCUCUUUUAUGAGUUGUACUAUUGGCUUUUUCAGAGGAAGGAGGACCGUGAGGGAUACGCACCGUUGAUGAGGAGUUUUGACGGAUACUGGCAAAGGCACAUUUAUCGUCGUGUCUGCGACUGUUUUAACUACCCGAUUGAUUCCCGCCCGUCACGCGUCAUUGGUGUCAUGGAGCGCGUUUCGCACGACGGCAACCGCACUUUUUCGCUAACCGGAAAUAUUAUUCCCUGUGUGAACCUCUCUUCCUACAACUACCUUGGCUUUGCGUCGGAUGUUUCAAGCAUUACGCGUCAGGUGCUGGACAGUAUAGACCGGUACGGCAUUGCAUCGUGCAGUCCACAGCAGAUGGCGGGACAACACAAUCCCAUCGCAACGCUUGAGCGUGCCUUUGCUGAUUUUCUUGGCAAGGAUGAUGCUAUUGUCUGUGGCAUGGGGUUCGGAACAAAUUUUUGUGGCCUUCCCGCUCUCUUUGGGAAGGACUCAUUGGUUGUCUCCGACAAUCUGAACCACUCGUCACUGGUGAACGGCAUGCGCAUGUCCGGCGCACGCUUAAAGGUGUUCAAGCAUAACCAAUUUCGGCAACUGGAAACCAUUUUGCGGGAGGCGGUGGUGCUUGGGCAGAACCCCAAUGGGGAGUAUGUGCCGUGGACCCGAAUCCUCAUCAUUGUGGAGGGUAUUUACAGUAUGGAGGGCGAAAUCGUCGAUCUGCCGCGAAUUGUGGCUCUCAAGAAGAAGUAUGGGGCCCUGCUGUUCGUGGAUGAGGCACACUCCAUUGGUGCGAUUGGCCGUACUGGCCGUGGCGUGACGGAGCACUAUGGCGUCAACACUAAGGACGUGGAUAUUCUCAUGGGCACCUUCACAAAGAGCUUCGGCUCCAUUGGUGGUUACCUGGCGGGAGAGCAGAGCGUGAUUGACUACUUGCGCACCCACAGUUCUAUCGCCCUGCACUGUGACACGCUUGCCCCUCCCUGCGCGCAGCAGGUGUUGGCCGCCCUUGAAGUCAUUGUUGGCCGUGAUGGAACUGAUAUUGGCCGAAAACGCAUUCAUCAGCUGAAGGAGAACUCUCAGUUUUUGAGACAGGGCCUCAUUGCCCAAGGCUUUACGGUGCUUGGGAACGACGCUUCACCAGUGGUCCCCGUUAUGUUGUAUCACACGGGCAAGCUGGCGGUAAUGGCGCGGGAAUGCAUGCAGCGUGGCCUGGCUAUUGUCAUCGUCGGGUACCCGGCCACGCCACUUCUCGGGGGGCGCGUGCGUUUCUGCGUUUCCGCCUCACAUACUCGUGAGGAUCUUCAGUUAACACUGGACGUUAUGAGCGAGUUAGCGAAGCUGGUGCAUAUUCGGCACCGAAAACCUCAUAAGCUGCUACCACAGUAA